CACCCGCGCCAGCCAAUGGGAUGCCUCCUCUCAUUCACCCCGCGGAGAACCCAGCCGCACCCACCGGCCGUUAACGGUCGCCUAGGUACGAGCAGCACGUGCCCCCGCGGCCACGCCCCCCUCGCCCCGCCGCCUGUUUUAACCCCCGGGAGACGCCGUAGCUCCGGCAUCGCGGGGCGGGCAGUGCGGGCGGAAGUGACGCUGGGGCAGCCGCGGGAUUCAAACUCUUCUCGGCGGCGCCGGGCGAUGAGCGCCUGGGCGGGCCGGGAGCUGCUGGCGGGCCGGUGGCGCCGCGGGCACGGCAACGGCCCCGGGAGGGGAGAGCGGGACGGCGCGGCGCAGAGGAAGCCCUCAGAGGAGGCGCUCGCCGCGCGGGGCCCGCUGGCAGCCCCCGAGAGAAGCAGCCUGUUGCAGAAAAUAUUUUCUCUUGAAAAAGAAAAACAAAAACACAACCAUCUUCUUGGAGAGAAGGACAAAGAAAUCCAAAAUCUAAAAGACAAGCUUAAAUCCAAGAACAAGAACAGCGAAGUCUCCUCAUUACAAAGUCAACUAGAAGAAAAAACAAAGGAAGCAGAAAGGAGAGAACAGUUACUUAGUUCUCUAUCAGAAGAAAUGAACCAGUUAAAGUGUAAUUUAUCUGCUGUUACUGCAAAAUGUUCUGAGCUUGAAAACAAAGCCAGUUAUUCUCAGGCAUCCCAGGAAGCUGUAACAAACAGCACUGGAUCAUCAACUAAUCUUAGUGAAGUAGAAAAACAACUGAAAGAUGCUCUUGAGAAGAACCAACAAUGGCUACUGUAUGACCAGCAACGUGAAGUAUAUGUCAGGGGACUGCUUGGAAGGAUCUUUGAACUUGAACAGAGAUCAGAAAUAGUUAGCCAGCAACAACCAAAAGAAUCAAAUACAGAAGGUCACCUACCAGAAGAAAAGCAAAAAUAUUAUGACCAGCUGUUAACUGCUAAAAGUGAUCUUGAGACUGAAAGACGCACUAUAACCCAGCUUAGAUGUGAACUUCACGAAUUCAAAAAGAAGUAUGAAGAAACACAACAAGAAAUAAUGAGUUUAAAUGACUUACUGCAGUCCCAACAGGCUGUUGAAAUGAAGGCUCUAGAAAAUGAAAACAAAAUAAAAGGAGAAAAAGUGCAGAGACUAAAACAAGAAAAUGAAAGUAUUAAAGUACAGCUAAGAGAAGAAAAAGAAAAAUCUGAAGAACUGUUAUCUCAGGUACAACUUCUUCGUAAAUCAUUGCUCAAACAGCAGGAGGAACACACUAGGAUAGCUUUGUUGGAACAACAGAUCCAGAUAUGUACUACAGACUUUGAGAAUGAAAAGCUAGACCGCCAGAACUUGCAGCAUCAGUUAAACCAAGUCCUUAAGGAACUGCGCAAGGCCAGGGAGCAAAUAACCCGGCUGGAACCUUUGAAGCUCCAGGAAUCUGGAUGUGUGGAACCACAAGGAGACUUGCAAGCUGCGUUUGAAGAGAAGAUGACAGUGUAUGACAGAAGUCCUUCCCAGAAACAUUCAAGUCUCCUUGAUGAAAGCUUUCUUGAGUGUCCCAGAUGUAAAGUGCAAUAUGCAACAAGCCAGCACAGAGAAUUACUAGCGCAUAUUGACUUCUGUACAGCUUAAGCUCCAAAUGGACUUACUAUAUUUGCUCUUUACACACUGUCAGUAUACUGUCCUGCAAAGGCAAAAGAUUUUUGUAAAGCUCUUCUUUCAAGGUUGUAUAAAGGACUACUAGCUUUGCAUUUCAGUUCAAAAAAAAAUUAGUAAUUUAUUUGGCCUCAUAUUUCACCUGACAUUUGUGGAAACAGCUACUACAUUCCUUGUUGCAAGUGGAAAUAAUUUGUAGAAUUAGGAAUAUUUUCAAAUAAUAAACUACUGACAUAUUUUAUUGCACUAUUAAAAAUAAGUAAAACACAGCUAUUGUGUCAGACUUCAAUACUUGGCAUAUCCAGUUCUUGGCUGAUGAAUCCUGACUGCUUUUAGCAAAAAGACUUGGCUAUAAUGUGUGCACUACACACACAUGUAUGUAAUGUGUCACAUCUAUAUAUACAAACUCAGGAAAGUUUGUGUUAACAUGUCUUUGCUACUUAAGAUUUAUGUUGAAAACAUUUUAAGUAGCAUUUUUCUGAACCACAGUUGGGGUGACUUGGAGCUCAUACAAAAAUGCUGACCAUGUGUAAGCUCUUCUCAAAAACAUCAUCGCGUAAACAACUUCCUAGCAACUGUGAAUGUCAUUGGUACUGAAAAAAGCUUCCCUUUCAGAUGCUGUCAGAAACCAGUUUGGAAGUUUCAGUAUCCAAUUAAGCUGAAGUGAACUUUAGUUUGUGCUUCUGUAUUUUACUGGUUCAAGUAGGAAAAUGUCAGUUAUUAAAUCUGUUUUAAAUCUUCCGUUUUAAAAAUGCAGGUUUGAAUAAAGUACUCCAGUGA